AUGGCUGCCUUUCUUAUUUAAACCUCUGUCUUAGAAGAAUAGAUAAGCUUGAAAUGACUGCCGCACACUGCGAUCCUGUCGCUAGACAAUAUUCAUGUAUACCAGAGUACAGAUUGCACGCAUGAAAUUAAGAUGUUGUGGCUGUCAAGGAUGGAAAAAGGAUAUGUUUUAUAUUUAACCCUUUGCAUUCCAUGAUCCGCCUACAAAUAAGUAGAAAAUGAUGCACCAAGUCACCAGCAGCAGCAAUGACUAUUGCAUGACAGGGUUGUCUGAGGACUGUCAGCAUUCAACCAGCCACUUUGACUUGUGCAGCUCACAGUCCAAUAAAUUCUACCCGUCGCCCCAAACCCCCACUCUGCAGCUCCCUCUCCCCAGUCUGCCACCUCUGACACAAGGCAUGCAUAAACCCAUGACCUGCCAGAUGCAGGACAACCAGAACGACUUCCACUCCCAAACGGUGAGGAUCCGGGGCAGCGAGGCCACACCGGGGCCGGAGGGCCCCAAGAAGAAGAAAGGGAUCGUUAAGUCCGGUCGGAGAGGACGGCCAUCUGGGACCACAAAGUCAGCCGGGUACCGGACCAGCACCGGACGCCCGCUGGGGACCACAAAAGCUGCGGGGUUCAAAACCAGUCCUGGGAGGCCCCUGGGGACCACCAAGGCUGCCGGCUACAAGGUGAGCCCGGGCAGGCCUCCUGGAAGCAUCAAGACUCUGGCUCGCCUCAAGAAGCUGGAGUACGGCAGCUGCGACGGCAACUGCGACGGCACCAAGAAGCUCGACUUCAGCAGCUGCAGCGGGCCCAAGAAACUAGACUAUGCCAGCUGUGAUGUCACGCCGUUCUCGUACUCUAUGAUACAGAAGCGUGGCAUCUGUGAGCCCAGUGGCAAAGUGGAGGAGCCCAACGAGUAAGGCCUGUAGUACUCGAUGAACAGCUUGGAACUCACUUCAAGUGCAUGUCCAACACCGAAUGACUGCAAUACCCCUGAGGGGCAUAUAUGUGUGUUGAAGAUGUGAACUGUUGGUAUCCUGGCAUCUCAAACUGACAAAGAAUGGCUUCUCUUUAAUGUACUUUGCUAUGGUCAUUAUGUACUCUUCUCUUUUCCCAGUACAUGACUGAACUCUAUUUCUAUAGGACGUAUGCUAUCUUGUUUAACAGAGAUGCAUGAGGCAUAGAAUACAAUCUGAGUAGUUACACAUGAAUGAAAGCCAUCUUAAUCGUCAUCAUAAUACUGUUUUAAUCUCUGGUGGGGUGGUCUUUUUCUAUAAGAUGUUUGGGAUAUAUGAUUUUCAUGUGCUCAUUAAUGCUCUGAUAAAUGUUGUAUUGUUAUCCUGAGUAGCUUAGUAGCUUCCCUGGUCUGGUCAUGAUGAAACAUGCUCGUAAUUUAGAGUACAAACACACAACACACAGGCUUUUUUCUCUUCCUUGGGUGUAUGCUAGUGUUGUACUUUUUUGUGUUGUGUCCAGUACAAUGUACUUUACUUUGUAACUACUGUAUAUACUAUAUAGGAAUGGAUCCAGCGCAAUAUAACAUUGAGCAGGUUUUUGUAAGCUUGUAUAGACUUAUCGAAAUAUCCUCACAUAUUACUUUGAACACAUGAAUUAUUUCAUUGUGAAAAUGCUUUUGUCUGUGUAUGGUAUUUUCCUCCUGUCCUCACCGUCAAACAAAACCCUGAAUGAGCUGUUUGGUGUUACACUGUUGAUUAGAUUUUUUUUAUUUUAAACAACAGAGAAAAUGCUAUGUGGAAAAAAUGUGCUUAUGUAUGUAAAACCAAA